CAGCAAACUCCCUCAAAACAUGGAUGCUGUUCGUCAUUGCGACGAGAAACACACUGGAAAUGUUUCAUCUUGACAGCACUGAUGGGUGGGAGCAUUGCUGUCGUCGGCUGGUGCGAGACAAAACUGGUGGACUACGACAUGAUAGACGAAAUUACCGGAAGAUCUUAUAGCAAACGUGGUAGUCCAUGUGAAGAUGGCUACCUUUACAUACCUAUUGCUUUUCUGGUUCUUUUAUACCUUGUAUACUUUGUGGAGUGUUGGUAUUGCGAUGUGCGAAUGGCUUUACAGUACCGCGAGAAAAUCGGAGUUGUAUACGAACGAAUUACUCAAAUGCGUGAAGCGUAUCCCGUUGUGUGGUGGCGGGCUAUUUCCUACCACUACGCCCGCCACACACGUCAUGUAACACGGUAUCGCUAUGGAGAUUCGUACACGAGUACGCAAGAGUAUAUUGAACGGAUUAAUACUCACUCUGCAGCAAGUGCUUUUGAUUUUAGUGACAUUGGCGUGAAGGACGUUUCAAAGAACCUCACUGGUUUGGAAGAGUAUUGCAUGACGCAGGUGGUUUUCUCGAAGACUUUCAUUUUUGCGAACGUACAGGCCGAAAAUGAGUAUCUUUCUCAACGGUUUAGGUUCUUUAAUGACAAUGAUGGCAGAGAUGAAUAUAUGGAGACAAGAGAAGGUUUGAGUUUAACAGAUAUUGAUUUCAGCGACGAAACUGUUUCAUACGCAUAUUCAGAUAAACUUCCUUGGUAUUUUAAUCUUUGUGUUUAUUGGACGCUAUCACUUGUUCUUCUCUCUUGGCCAUAUCGUGUAUUGAUAGAAUAUAAAAUCGCGCAUGUUCAUUACCAAGUAGAAAAGAUCUUUGGAACCAACUUUGCAUUUACCUAUCCGAAUGAUCGGCUACGGCCGGGGAGAAACCGGACUAUACCACGUGACAUCACAGUAAGUAGCGAAAGUAGCAUGGAGCAGACUAUACGAAAUAACAAACACGUGAUUCCAAGCUACUCAGAAGCAUUGCUAAUGGAUGCUGUGAAUGCAGGCCGUGGAGCCACUAGUGCCAAUGGACGAUCACGAUCUAUACGAAAUAUUCGAUCUAGUUCAGCGUAUGCCAUGGGCAAUAAUAACUCUUACGGUAGUACGACUAUGAAUGGGCAGGUCUUCCGCUCCUCGCAAGGACACUUGAGUCUUCAUGACGGUGGAAGUCAGGAUAUGAAUGCGAAUAGGCGUCUCACUAGAGAUAUUUCAUCUUUUAUUUGCAACACUCUCGGGGCUUUCAUGUCAUCUGAAGACGAAAAUAAACGACGGCAUUCGAAAGCUCUGAAAAGAAAGACGUUUUCCGACACUCAAUUAUGUAAGUUAACUGCGCCCGCAGAUGAACUGGAUCGCAGGUCUCUGCGUCAUUCAGUAAGGUCAAAAAGAACCCGUGGUAAUAAGCGAAAUCAACAUCACGAGAGUCUUUCACUGCUUUCACCCGACGGCGCCGGCGACGAGGGCUCGCCGAUAGCGAUCGCACGACCAACUACACUUCCAAUUGGCAGCCAAGAGUUAACAACCGCCAUUCAUGCUUCCCCGCCUCCGUGUUAUGAUGUAGCCAUGAACAUGUUGCAACCAAACGGCGAAUUGCCUUUGCUAGGCGCGUCUGGUGUUACCAAAAAUGAACCCAAGGGCGGUGCUUCAAAUAAUAUUGAAACCACAUUAUGAGCACACGUUUACACUGGUACGGACAAUGCACAUUUAGACACAAAAAUAUAUGUGUUGUAGACUUAGCACUAUUAAGCUCGGCUAAUGUAAACGCAUCACUAUCACAUUGUUAUGCAAUGUAGUUACAAAGUGUUUAAAAGAACAAAAAUAACAAAUUUGGCGAUGCUGAGUGUACAUGUGUUCUAGCACAAUUUACUGUCUAAAAUCAAUGUAAUUGUAAUCUUGUCAAUUCCACGUGGAUACUGAAAUGAAACAACGGAACAAAGUGUUGAUGUACAUUAUUUUAUGUAUAGUUAUUUAUUAAAGACAUUAUGAUCACAGCGACUGAUAAUAUUUUAAGCAAGCACAUAAUACGUGCAUAAACAAAAUUUGUGCUAUUCCGGCAGUACGUCAGGUACAACAAACAGAGGAGGAUCUCGUAGGGGGAACAGGGGCACGUGCUCCCCCCACCCCCACCGUUUUGCCAUUAAAUUUUAAAAUUGUCAAAUGCAAAUCAAUGUUAUGUGCUACUCACAUACAUAUUCUGAGACUGCUGUGCCACCCCUCUCCAAACCCCCUUUGAAAACUUAUGGAUCCGCCCCUGAUAAAGUAAGGAAAAUGGUUUCAAUCGCUACUGGCGCUUUGAUUUACCACGAAGGAUUUUGAAGUUAAUCAAAGUGCCAUCCUGAUUGAAAGCUGUUUUGUGGUAUGACAUUUGCCGUGGAAGAGAAAAGUUCUGGGUUCGUGUCUCGAUUGAGGGUAAUUUGUUUAGUUUUCGCAUCCCUAUUCAGAUUUCUUUUUGAUGUUUCGUUUAUAUGCAUAUACAUACAUAUAAUAUACAUUAUACAUUAUAAUAUAAUAUAUAAUUCAUAAUAUAUAUUAUAAUUAUAUUAUGUGUGUGCGUGUGUGUACUUAUAUAUUCAAUACUUUUACUAGCAAGCCAUAAUGGGAAUUCUAAGAGUACACAAGUUUGGCCUCAUACCAUUCCGAUUGAAAGCUCUUUUGUGAUAUGACAUUAGCCGUUUAUGAGAAAAGUUCUGGCUUAGAGUCUCAAUCGAGGUUAAUUUGUUUAGUUUUCGCAUUCCUAGUCAGAUUGGCUUUUGACGUUUCGUUUAUAUACAUAUACAUACCGGUACAUAUAAUAUACAUGUAAUAUAUAAUAUAAUAUAAUAUACAAUUCAUGAUAUAUAUUAUAAUUGUAUUAUGUGUGUACGUGUGUAUAUGCAAUACUUUAC